UAUAUAUUCCGUUAUCGUCGUCACCAAAGCAAGGUUCUUCUUUGGCAUCAUCUUCUGGUUCAUUUCCAAAUCGUUGUGUAAAUGGGUUCUAGUGAUUUAAUCAGCAAGCUGCCAGAUGAGAUUCUCGGCAAAGUCUUGUCAUUUCUUUACUCAUAUCGUGUUGCUGUUUCCACGUCGGUUCUUUCCAAGAGAUGGAGGAAUCUGCAUUUGCUUAUAGACAGACUUUAUUUGAAUGACGCACAAGGCGAUCCUCAACACUUCUGUGAUUUCGUGGAAGACACGCUUCAUCUCUUGAGUGAUUCCCCCACCCUCAAGAGUUUCUCUCUGUAUUGUGCAUUUACGCAUGACUCUUCUGAGAUGGGCCAAUGUAUUGACACUGUCCUCGAGCGCGGCUUCUUGGAACUUAACUUGUUGUUCGAAGAUACGCAUUGUAUGGACGUUGAGUCCUUCACUAGCAACACACUGGUUAAGUUCUCAUUAUGCGAUUUUUACCUUGAGUUUGAACCUCCUCCUGGGGGCGUGUUUUUCCCAAAGCUGAAAAAACUUUCUCUAGUUCAAGUGGAGUUUACAAGUCAUAAGAUUUACAAUGCUUUCAUCUCUGGCUGCCCUGUGCUUGACGAAUUCUUCCUACAUAAUCAUGAUGAUUACAUCAAUUUCCCGGCUUGGAAUGGGACCGUGGCGAGUCUUUCCAUCAAACGACUGACCAUCUCUUAUCAUUGGCCCCAUUACCCUAAGGGUCACAAGGGUUUUUGUUUGUUUGAUACACCCAAUCUUGUGUGCCUUGACUAUUCUAGUUAUGCCGCUGAAGAUUAUCAGGUUAAUUUGGGUUCCCUUGUAGAAGCUACACUCGAUAUUCACUCAUGGGAGCGACUUCCAGAUGACUACUAUUAUUAUGAGGAUGGUGAUACAGAGGAUAUUGUUGGUGAUGUUACUAAUCUGGUUGCAGGGAUGAGCAAUGUUAAAACCCUUCACUUGUCCGCUGAUUCUCUUGAGGUAUUUCACUCGUGCUGUAAAUCAAUACCGUUGUUUCCCAACCUCGUUACUUUAUCUUUUGAGAGUGACAAAGAAAGAGGCUGGCAAGCAGUGCCACUUCUCCUCAACAACUCUCCAAAUCUGGAAACUUUAGUCAUCAAGGGUCUUGUGCAUGAAGUUACAGAAAAAUGCGGGGACGCCUGCGCUUGCAUCCCUAAGAAGGAUAAGAGGAAGAGGAAGAGGACGAAGACGGAAAAGGGAGUAUGCUGUUUAUCGACAUGUCAAGUGAAGGUGCUAAAUAUUUCAGGGUAUCAAGGUAGUUGUGGAGAGCUGAAACAGAUGAGGCAUUUCUUGGGAAAUUUGAAUUGUCUUGAAACUGUCAAGGUUGAUGUUGAAGUCGAUCAAGGCAAGGAUGUUAAAAGGUACAUGAGAAUCACCAAUGCUCUUAUGAAGCUUCCCAGAGUUUCAUCAAACUGUCAGAUCCAUUUCUAGUGAAUUCUCUUUACUCUUGUAGAAUCACCAUGUGAAUUCUAGUACUUUAGUGUUUGGCAGUGUUUUUUCCGUUAAUUUCAUUGGCUUUCGCCAUAGUAAGAUCAUUUCUAUAUACAGUAUUUUGAGUUCUUUGCCUAAUG